UUGUAGGUGUCGCAAUCUCUCUGGAAGUGUCCGAGAGCCCUGGGAGUAUCCAGGUGGCUCGGGGUCAGACUGCAAUCCUGCCUUGCACUUUUACCACCAAUGCAGCUCUCCUUAAUCUUAAUGUCAUUUGGAUGGUCAUUCCUCUCUCCAAUGCUAACCAGCCCGAACAGGUCAUUCUGUAUCAGGGUGGACAGAUGUUUGAUGGUACCCCUCGGUUCCAUGGUAGGGUGGGAUUCACAGGCACCAUGCCAGCCACCAAUGUCUCUAUCUUCAUUAACAACACUCAGCUCUCAGAUACUGGCACUUACCAGUGUUUGGUCAACAACCUUCCAGACAGAGGAGGCAGGAACAUUGGGGUCACUGGUCUCACGGUGUUAGUUCCUCCUUCUGCCCCCCACUGCCAGAUCCAAGGAUCCCAGGAUAUCGGGAGUGAUGUCGUCCUGCUAUGUAACUCAGAGGAAGGCAUUCCUCGGCCAACUUACCUUUGGGAGAAGCUAGACAAUACCCUCAAACUACCUCCAACAGCCACUCAGGACCAGGUUCAGGGGACAGUGACCAUCCGGAACAUAAGUGCUCUGUCUUCAGGUUUGUACCAGUGCGUAGCUUCUAAUGCCAUCGGAACCAGCACCUGUCUUCUGGAUCUCCAGGUUAUUUCACCCCAACCCAGGAGCAUUGGACUAAUAGCUGGAGCCAUUGGUACUGGUGCAGUUAUUAUCAUUUUUUGCAUUGCACUAAUUUUAGGGGCAUUCUUUUAUUGGAGAAGAAAAAACAAAGAGGAGGAAGAAGAAAUUCCUAAUGAAAUAAGAGAAGAUGAUCUUCCACCUAAAUGUUCAUCUUCUGCCAAAGCAUUUCAUACUGAGAUGUCAUCCUCAGAGAACAACACAUUGACCUCUUCUAACACCUACAACAGUCGCUACUGGGGCAACAACCCCAAAGUUCAUAGGAAUGCAGAGUCUUUGAACCACUUCCCUGACUUGCGCCAGUCUUUCUCCCUCCACUCAGGCAAUGCCAAUAUCCCAUCCAUCUAUACAAAUGGGAACCAUCUGGUUCCAGGUCAACCUAAGACUUUGGUAGUGACAGCCAACAGAGGGUCAUCCCCGCAGGUCAUGUCCAAGAACAAUGGCUCAAUCAACAGGAAGCCACGGCCUCCACACACACACUCCUACACCAUCAGCCAAGCUACUCUGGAGCGAAUUGGUGCAGUACCUGUCAUGGUGCCCGCUCAGAGUCGAGCUGGAUCCCUGGUAUAGGACAUGAAGGGAUGCUUGUAUUAAACAAGAAUAAAUGGAGUUUCCUGUGCAAAGGAGAGAAUGGGACUAGCAAAUGCUGGGAGAGCAGCUCUCCUCAUCAUUAUUUUGGUAAAAAGCACAAAGAAGAAGAUGGUAUUACCUGGCUGCAAUGAUGUAUCAAAUGGAUUGGAAUGCAUCGUCGCAAAAACAUGUUUCCCCACCACAGAUAUGUUGUGAUUCUGUUCAGUAAGCUACAUCUCAAAGAUGUGCCAAGUCAAGGAAAAAGAUGUAAGAAAAGUGCUUAAAACUCCAACUGCAGCCCAGAUGGGCUUGUUUUGUAAUUCAUGCCUAACUUAAUAUCUCUGAACAGACUAAAGUGCCAGAUGGAAUUUAAA